GAGGGGGAGAGCGCCCAGGACGGGACCAUGUACCGGGACCCGGAGACAGCCGGCGGCCCAGGGGCACCCUCCCGGGACGUCCUGCUAGUGUCUGCCAUCAUCACCAUCAGCCUUAGUGUCACCAUCGUCCUGUGUGGGAUCUGUCAAUGGUGUCAGCGAAAACUGGGCAAACGCUACAAGAAUUCCCUAGAGACCGUGGGCACCCCAGACUCUGGGCGUGGGCGCAGUGAGAAGAAAGCUAUCAAUGAUGUAGACAGAGAAUUUUGGAAUAACAAUGAGGGCGCAGUGCAACAGAAAUGGAGCUCCUACCCUCCCAAGGAGUUUAUACUAAACAUUUCACCCUACGCCCCUUAUGGCGAUCCACGACUAUCCCUCAAUGGCACCCUCCUGGCAGGCGCCAAAGUGGCCGCCGCGGCGGGGCUGGCGGUGGAACGGGAAGGCCGGCCAGGGGAGAAGCAGGCGCCGCCUCCGCCACUGCCCACAGAGGACACCAUGAGGAGCAGCGUGUCUGCCCACAGCGAGCCCAGCAAUGGGAAGGCGGGGAGAGGCCGAUGGCACACGGUGCAGAGCCACCUCGCCACAGGGAAGCUCAGCCGGUCCAAUUUCGAGGACUCCACCUUGUCCACGGCCACUACCCUAGAGUAUAUCCCCAGCUCGGCGGGGGACCCGAAAUGCCAGCGACCCCGCACCCUGCUUCGGCAGCAGAGUCUCCAGCAGCCACUGAGUCAGCACCAGAGGGGCCGGCAGCCCAGCCAGCCUACUACCAGCCAGAGCUUGGGGCAGCUCCAGGCCCACACGAGCUCGGCCCCGGCUGCCACCAACCCCCGAGCUCAAGGCCGGGGCCAGGCCCGCCAGGGCACUGCAGCCGGUUCCAAGUACCGGGCGGCAGCUGGGGGCCGCAGCCGCUCCAACCCAGGCAGCUGGGACCACGUUGUGGGGCAGAUUCGAAACCGAGGCUUGGACAUGAAGUCCUUCCUGGAAGGCCGGAUGGUGGUGCUCUCCUUGGUCUUAGGGCUCUCGGAACAGGAUGACUUUGCCAAUAUCCCUGACCUACAAAACCCAGGAACUCAACAGAACCAGAGCGCUCAGGGGGACAAGAGGUUGCCAGCAGGUGGGAAGGCGGUGAAUACAGCCCCUGUCCCGGGCCAAACACCCCAUGAUGAGUCCGACCGCCGGACCGAGCCACGAUCUUCGGUCUCAGACCUUGUCAACUCCCUUACCAGCGAGAUGCUCAUGCUGUCCCCGGGCUCGGAGGACGACGAGGCCCACGAAGGCUGCAGCCAGGAGAACCUGGGCCGGAUCCAGUUCAGCGUGGGUUAUAACUUCCAAGAGUCCACCCUCACCGUGAAGAUCAUGAAGGCCCAGGAGCUGCCGGCCAAGGAUUUCAGUGGCACCAGCGACCCUUUCGUCAAGAUCUACCUGCUCCCUGACAAGAAGCACAAGCUGGAGACCAAGGUCAAGCGGAAGAACCUGAACCCCCACUGGAAUGAGACCUUCCUCUUCGAAGGCUUCCCCUAUGAGAAGGUGGUGCAGCGGGUGCUGUACCUCCAGGUCCUGGACUAUGACCGCUUCAGUCGUAACGACCCCAUUGGGGAAGUGUCUAUCCCUCUCAACAAAGUGGACCUGACCCAGAUGCAGACAUUCUGGAAGGAGCUGAAGCCAUGUAGUGACGGGAGCGGAAGUCGAGGGGAGCUGCUCCUGUCCCUGUGCUAUAACCCCUCUGCCAACUCCAUCAUUGUGAACAUCAUCAAAGCACGGAACCUCAAAGCCAUGGACAUCGGGGGCACAUCCGACCCCUACGUGAAGGUGUGGUUGAUGUACAAGGACAAGCGAGUGGAGAAGAAGAAGACAGUGACCAUGAAGAGGAACCUGAAUCCUGUCUUCAAUGAGUCCUUCAUCUUUGACAUUCCCACAGAGAAGCUUCGGGAGACAACAAUCAUUAUCACUGUCAUGGACAAGGAUAAGCUUAGCCGGAAUGACGUCAUCGGCAAGAUCUAUCUGUCCUGGAAGAGUGGUCCUGGUGAGGUGAAGCAUUGGAAGGACAUGAUUGCCCGUCCUCGGCAGCCUGUGGCUCAGUGGCACCAACUGAAGGCCUGAGUAGGGCCUGGGGAGGCCCGGGGGUGGGGCUGUGGGCCUAUGGUUUGGGGGUCACGCCUUCACACUUUAUGCACAACGCUCCAGGCGUGGCUCCCCCAUUGGGUGGGGGGAAGGACCCCUGUGGGCUCAGCCAGGGAGGGGGCUCAGGACUCAGUAUGGCCAUGUUUCUAGGAAGCGCCAGCCCCCCCCCAUUUGGGGGGGUCUUUGGGAGCCAUUUUCCUGCUUGCCCCUUUUCUUCAACUCGCCGACACUAAAGAAACAGGAGGGGGGAGAGAGAGAAAGAAAGAGAGAGCAAGAAAGAUGGAUGGACAGAGAGACGGACAGACGGCAGGACAGAGAGAUCCCUCCAGAGGCCCCACCCGGUGGAGCUUGACUCAUCUGCCAUUUUCUUUAAGGUGGCUUCUGGAGCUGUGGGCUGGCCGAGCCUCAGCCAGCCCCUGGUCAAAGUGGGCUAGGGCACGGUAAGGCCAUGGCCAUCAGCCUGGCCGGAAUGGCCCUCCUCCCCUCUGGGGUGUUGGGUUUUUUUAAGCCGUCUGGGGGCCCCUGUGUGCCAAGGGGGUAUAAAUAGCCUGGCGUCAGAGCCGAGGUUCUGUGUACAUGUGCUGUGUUCAACCUUUGUGUAUGUGCGUGUGUGUGUGUGUGUGUGUGUGUGUGUGUGUGUGUGUGUGUAUGUGUGUGUGCUCAUGCACAUGCAUGUGAGUGUAUGGGGACAGCGUCAGGGGCUCCAUGGCUCGCUGUGCUGGUCCUGAGGUUGUGGUGAAGGAUGGGGCUUUGGAAAGAGUAAGGCAUACAGAGAAAGGGGAAGGAAUGGAGAUAGAUGGUGGGCUAGGGAAAGAAGAAGUGAAGAGAGAGGUUAAAGGGCAUCCAAAAGAAAGGAAGAGACGAAGGAGGGAGGAGGGACGGCCUUGUUUGUCCCGAAUGUCCAAUAGCCCAUCAUACCUUGGAAUCUAGAGCUGGAAGGAGCCAUACAAGACAGUUUUCCCCAGCCUCUCGUUUUUCAAAUAAGGAAACAGGUGCCCAGAUUCGCCCAAAGACAUAAGCAGCAGAGCUCAGACAUGAACCUCGGUCCUUUGCUUCCCAAGUCCAGUGUUGUUACUGCUUAAAGACUGGGCCUUCAUGCUGGUUUGAGAGCAAGAAUACUGUUUUGUGUUCUAGUCUCUGCUUUCCAGUUCCUGGAGACCAGGGGGUUGUGUCUAAAUUAUCUGGGCCAGGCUUUUCCAAGCUGUAUUUCUGGCUCUCCCCACCAUGGCAUGGGACUUCUGUAGAGAAUCCACACGCUGGCUCUCGUUUCCCUUCUAAACAUGAAGUAUGAAAUUCUGUAUGUAUGAAAAGAGUUAGUACAUGUGUUUUUUUAGUAUAAAAAUAGGUGUAGGAUCCUAAAAGUUAGAGUUAAAAGGGCCCCUUUAAGGCCAUCUAGCCUGACCCUCUCACUUUUCAAAUAGGGAAACUGAGGCCCAGAGGGAUUAGGUCACUGAGCCAAGAUCACAGCAGUAGCAAGUACAGGGCUGAGAUGCGAACCUGAGUCCUUUCACUGGUUCCCCUCCAUCCCCCUCCCCCUCCUCUGUUUUGUUUCCAUAUGUCCCUGUCCCUACCCCCACGUUUGCCCUGGAGAAGCCUAGACCAACAGCUGUCAGUUUCUAUAGCCAGAGUUCAAGCCUCUGAGUGCUCCAUGGCCAGCUUGGUCCAUCAUCUCCAUGUGAACUAAGUCUCCGAGGCUCUUCCAAUAAAUAGUCAAUCACCCCCAGGGCCAUCUCCCUUGCUGGAUGACCCUACUGCUGAGAAUUUUUAAGUAGGCUGGUCCCAGUCACUGCCCCUGGCACAGAUACACAGUGCCCAAGUGGGCCUUGGUCCAUCCCUGGAGCCUUCGAAUGGGUCUUGGCCCUUCCUUUCCCUCUAAGUGUUCCCACGUUGUCCCCCCCACUUCCAAGACCCCAUUACCUUCAUUCUCACUUGGAAAGUGCUCCCUCCAGCCCUGCCAUGUAGCUCUCCUGGCCUUCUAGAUUCUCCCCUGCUCUUUCAGACCCCUUAUGCCUGCUUUCCAGACUUCCCCAGGUGUCUACCCCACUUCUCACCUCCCUCCCAUACUGUCAGAAUUGGAGGGAACCUUAGAACAGAGAAUCUCAGAGCUCAGAGGGAAGGGCCUUAGGAUGUGAAAGGUCCAAGCUGGAAGGGACCUUAAAAUAAGCCUAUGGGAGAGUUGCAUGAGCCCUUGGAACUCUGAAUGGAGAUUGUAGGAGCUGGCAGGGACCUUAGAAUGUAGAUUUUUGGAGAAAAUUUCAAAAACAGAAUGUCAGAGCUGGAAGGGACCUUUGAAUCCAGAACGUUGGCACCAAGGAAGCACCUUAUAAGGUAGAACAUUACAGCUGGAAGGAACAUUAGAACAUAGAUGGUCAGGACUGGAAGGGACUUUUGAAAAUCAAAUGUGAAAACUGGACAGACCUUAGAACGUUGAUUCUCAGAACUAGAAGAGACUUUGGCCUGCAUGUCAUCAGAGCUGAAGGGGAAUCUCGAACACAGAACAUCAGAACUGCAGUGGAGGUAGGAAAGCACAGAAUGUCAGAGCUAAGAGAAACCUUAGGAUACAGAACAUUCAAUGUCAUUCAGACAUUAGAUCACAAAAGGUGAGAGCUAGGAGGGUCCUUAGAGCAUAAAAUGUCUGAGCUGACCUUGGAACCUAGAAAGUCUGAUUCAGAAGAGACUGCAAAGAUCAUCCAGUCCAAGCCCAUGAUGUCACAGCUUCUUCUUUUUCUCCCUGCCUGAGCCCAGCCAUUAACCCAGAGGAGGACCCAUUCAGCUAGGACCAUCCCCCCCAAAUGCUGGGAGUUGGGGUGACCAUCAAUUUACCCCCAAAGUAUUUCUGAGCACCUAAUAGACCAGCAUAAAGGAGGCUGAGGAGGGCCAUGCCCCAUCUCUCAUUCCCUUCUCCACCUCUGCCUCUCCUCUCUGCCCACUCCUUGCCAAGAGAAAUGGAAUGGAGCCAUCCGAAGGUUCCCUGAAAUAAUGAGGCAAGGCCAGUGGCCCCUGGCUCCCACAGAGUUGGAGCCAGCUCCCUGUUGGUGACAGAGUGCCAGUUCAUCCCCACCUAGGAGCAGGAUUUGAGGGCCAACAAAGCUGGAGUCCCCCAGGAGCAGGUGUAGACCUGCAGUUCCCAAGGCUGGCCACCAGAUGGCAAAUAGGCAUCAUAGACUGGCAGUUGCUCCCUGCUCACGCUCUUGCAGAAAAGUUGACGUGCGAUGGAGAAGAAGCAGCUUCUGCCUUACCAUGUUUUGGGAACGGUGGGAAAGGGGAAGAGGAAAGGCCCCCCCAGGAAAGGCUGAAGGUGAUCCCCAGAGACCCCCAGGUCCACAGUGGGGCUUUGGAUUUAGGGGUAACUUCCAGCCUUCUGCGUCUAGGAGGCUCGGGCUAUGCCCUCUGCUUAGAGUAUGGAUUCCUAGAGUUGGAAUGAGCUGGAGAGCUCAUCCAGUCCAGCUGCCUCAGCCCCAGACACAGAGAGACAUUAGAAUGAAGAACAUCAGAGCUGGAAGGACCCUAGACCUUGGAGUGCACGCAGAGGGACCUUCUGAGCAGAGAGGGGCCUUAGAAUGUAGAGUAUCUUUGAAUGAGGGAGAAGCAAUUUGCUCGUGGUCAUGUCUGAAUUGGACACAGAGCAGGAGUUUGAACUCAGUUCUUCAGGCUCCAUAUCUAACGCAUACUUAGCACCACCCUAGCCUGUCUUAGUGGGCUUCAAUGCUGAACCAUCUUCCAUCCUAGAUAAUAAUUCCCAGCCUUGCUGGGGCAUAACUCUGCCCUCUCAUCUUCAUCCUGUGUCACCUUGGGCAAAUCCCUUGACUCUCUGGGCCUCAAUAUCUUCAUUAGAAAAAUACGGGGAUUGAGCUAGGUGACCUGAGGUCCCUCCUACUGCUCUGUCUAGGAUUCUCUCCUCCUGCGAAUGAAUGAAUGAGAAAGCUGGGCCUCUCUGAUCUGGAUUCUGUCCCUGGGACAAGCUGUGUGACCUUGGGCAGGUGACUUCAUCUGUUUCCUCAUUGGUGAAAUGGGGGGAGUGGUCUAGAAGGGGACCCCCAGGUCCUUUCAUAUCUAAAUCCUGUGAUCUAAUCCAUGGCACAAAGGCUCAGGCUUAUGUGGAGGGGAGCAAUGGAACAGGGUAGGUGGUGCCCUCAGGCAGCCAGAGGAGAAGGGUGAGGGAGGCAGAGCAGGGCAGGAGACAUUAUGGGUAAGGAAGCUCAGAGAAGGCCAAGAGAAUGAAGAAGCCUCCUCUUGGGGUCUCAGUUUCCAUCUCUGUAAAAUGAGGGGUUCAGACCAGACAGCCUCUAAGGUCUCCGCUGGCUCAAGAUCCUGAUGAGUCUGUAUUCUGGUGAGAACUAGAUUAGAGGAGAGUGCAUGAAGGGUUAAUGGGCCCUCUGCAGCUGGGUGCUUCCUGGGUCUCCCCCUUUCUCCCCUCCUCCCCCUCCUUGUGGGUGGGGAGGGACCAGCCAGCCAGCAAGCCCCCAACCUUGCCAUUCUUAGCUAUUGAUUCCCAGCUGGGGUCAGACCAAAUCGUAUUAGAGUGGACAGGGCCAGCACAUUGUUUUGGCACCCGGCCUGUGCAGCUCUUAGCCAAUCAGAGGCAAAGAUGCUCUCCAGAUGGUGUCUUUUUUUUCUGAAAGGGGGACUGAAUGGAGCAGGGGUGGGAACCCCCUGCUUCCUCUACCUCCUCCUCCCACAUCCUUCCCAAGCCUCCUCCUUACCUUGCAUCUUGGGUUGCCCUGCUGAAGUUUCUACUUCAUGGUCAUUGCAGCCGAGGGAGGGAGGGAGGAAGGAAGGAACAGCAGAAAGGGAAGCUCCCUGUCCACAGCCCACCUCUGGUCUUUAUUGGAUUGAGGCUCGGAUGGUUGAUGAGACCAUGCACAGGGCACCCAACCUGUCCUCAGACCAGUGGGUGCCCAGCUGGCCAUCUAGGUAGGAGAGCUGAAUGGGGUCAAGGUGCAAGGUGCUGGCCAGAGGUAGGUGGGACAGAUGGAGGAGAAGCAGGGGGAGCAGAAGCAGCCCCACAGGUGCCCUAGGGAUGUUUUCUCCACUUAUAAAACGGUGGUAAUAAUUCAUGCUUCACCUACCUCACAGGGGAGGUUGUUAGGUUGUGGUCACCUGACCUGUGUCCAGGGGUGCCCUGGAUGCCCUUGGAUUUUGAAGGGGCUAGACGUCUGCCUGCCCUGAGAGUGAGGCCUGCUUUGCCUUGAGGCCAAGGUUCCCCAGUGUCCUGGGUCCCUCCAGUCCCCAUAAGGAUGUGAGAAUCAUCUUUGGUCUCUUUGGGGUACGCUAGAGCUUUUAGCUAUUACCUUUUUCAGGUAUGUCUUUUUUCUUGUGACCAUCCUCUUGUAACUGCUGUACAGAGUUCUCCCCACCCCCAGCCCUUCACCUAGCAAUGCACCUGAGGGAGGGGAUGGGAGAGGCAAGGGCCUAAAGGCUCAGGCAGCCUCCAACCCCCAGCCCAGCUGGGGCCUAGGGGUGGGGACCCUGCUGUUUCUAUUCUGUUGAGUCCUCUUCCAGCAAAUGUUUUAUAAAAAAAGAAAAAAAGAAAAAAUUCACCACCAUAAAACAAAACAAAAACAAAAAACACCACAAACCUCAACAUUCUCAGUGAAGAGAAAGGAAGAAAAACUAAUGGGAAAAAAAAACCAUACAAAAUGUUUCCACCACACACCCUCUAAGCCAGCGAGAUUUCCUCUUUGCAGAUUCCUAUUUUUGUGGGAAUGGCCCUUGCUUUUUGUGGAGCAGGGCCAUUCUGAUUAAUAAAGGAGAGUGAAAAAGCAGGGCCUUGGCUCCUUCCUCCGCCGUUCCUUAGCACUCCCCCAGGAGGAGGUGAAGGAGAUGGGGUGGGGUGGGGCAGGCUGGGGCUCUCUCUACCAUACACCUUGUCUCUGGCGUCAGGUGGAAUAUGGCCUCAGCCCUGGCUCUUCUUCCAAGAUCCAUUUGCUGACUCCCUGGCUAUCAUCCCCCAAGGGGAAUUAUUAGCACCUUAGGGCCUCCUGCAGCCAUAGCUCCCCAUCCCCCUCCCCACCCCCCCAGGAGGAACUGAGACAGAUUCACUCCCCCUUGAUCCACCCCUGAGGCAAGGCAGACCAGCCAGGAUUGGAGCAUGGGGUGGCGCUUUACGGUGGGCCCCCCCCCCACCAAAACCACCCUAAGGGGAGGCCCAGCCAUGGCCCUGGUUGGUUAUCGCUAGCCACUUCUUCUUCCUCAGAUGUUACUGGGUAGGAAGGAGGAAUUAGGCAGGGUCCUGGGCCUGGUAGUCCUGGCCCCCUUAGAAAUAGCAAUAGCCAAACCAAUAUUCUCUCCCCAACCCUGGCUCUGGGGAACAGCCCAAAAGGGAGCGCUGGCCCCAAGCCUGCAAAAACUGGGUUCCAGUCCUGACUCCUCCUGGUCACUGGCUGUGUGACCUUAGGCAAGUCACUUCUGUCCUCUGGGCCUCAGUUCCCCACCCCUAAAAGGGCAAUAAGCACCCCAGCCCCCGUCCCUCCCAAGGAGGAACUGAGGUCUGUGUCGUGCUCAGGGUUUCCUCGGAAGAAGGUGCUAAAUCAGCUUCCCUCAUGAGCACAAAAGGAAAUUCCAGUCCAGUCCUCUGCCCAUCCCACCCUCAUUCCUACCCCCCGCCCUGAUUAUGGAGUCCUCAUGAAGCCAGGGCAGCAUGUCUUCCUGGCACUUGGGCUGGGUUUAAAUAUUCCUUCAUUGUUUUUCUCUCUGGAAGCCCAUCCCUAGUCAGGGAAGCAACGCCAGAAGGGAGCUUGGGGACCAUCUAGUACCUAGUGUACCUGCGGUACCUAGCUUGGCUUCCCCUCCCUGCUGGGGUGACUCUUCCUUCUCAUGGAGCCUGGAGGAACCUUGGGAGGCAGCUGCCAAAUAGCUCGGCCCUGAGCAAAGAGAGGAAAGGCCCAGGGCCUUGAGUUUUUCCCAUGGAAAAUAGUCCCUGGAAAAAAAACCAACACAAAACACUAACCAGCCCUGGUGCUCAGGUACUGCCCAUUCAAAGGCCUGGAGGUGCCAGGCCUGGCCACUUAAAGCUUCAGGGCCUUGGGCAAGAUGCUUUCCCUGGGGGCCUCGGGUCUUCCUUCUGUCCCUCAGGGGAGUAGGACCAGAGGAAUUCAGAGACCCUUCUUGUUUGGUGACUUGGCACCCCGCCUCAGUUCUGAGGUCCUCCCCAGUUCUGAACCUUCCAAACCCCGCCUUGGUGACCCCAAGAGCCCAUUGUGGGAUCUGAGGGCAGGGAGAUUUCACUGUCCUGGUUUCCAGUGCCCUCCUAGAUCCUGGAUCCCCUUCCGUUCCCAUGUAGUUCAUCUGCCCCGUACUCAAUCCGAUCCCAUUCUGCAGGCUGGGCUCGACAGGUUAUUCCUUCUUCCUUUGUCUUCCUUCACAUCCUCCUUCUAUAUUCCCUGCUCUCUGGAAGCUUAUCCUGAACAAUUCCCCAUUCCUCCCACCCCCACCCAAAGUCGAGGGGAUGGGACUGAAUCCACCUCUGUGUUCUGGGUGUUGGCUGUCUGGGGCCAUCUGUCUUUCCCUGGGUAUGUCCCCUGCCUCCAUCCCUUCCCCUUUGUCUGUGUCCUGUGUGUCUCUGUCUUGUUUAGAUUGUGAACCUCAGGGGCAGGGACCCCUGUCUGACUCAAUGUUCUGUACGGCACCUGCAGGUGCGUGAAUAAAUGUUAAUCCAUGGA